UGAUGACUCAUUCUCAAGGUAAACUAUAUAUUCUCUGCUGCAACUCUUGUCAAAGAGAAGAAGUUGAAGAGGACUUAAUCAUUCAACAGUCAUAGUUUGCUUGUGGAGGAAGGUUCGUCUUUUGCUAGCUGAGGGAGGAUGACGCUCCUUUUCGUUCUGCUGGUGAUUGUCCCUUUGGCCUUGCCUGCUGAAGGGAUCAUCUCUGUCUCCAAUGGGGGCAGAUGGGGCAGUUGGGGCAAUAUGGUCUCUUGUCCUCAUGGCUACCAGGCAUUUGGCUUCCGCCUGAAGGUUGAACACAAGCAGGGAAGAGGUGAUGAUACGGCACUCAAUUCCAUCCAACUUCACUGCAGACUCGUGAGCAACUACCAUGACCGGAUAACCAUCGAAUCGUCUGGAGGAGCAUGGGGAAGCUGGACAGCUUACCAGUCAUGUGGCCAUUCAGGAUACCUCAGUUCCUUCAAGCUCCGUGUUGAAAGUCCCCAAGGACGGGGGGAUGACACCGCUGCCAACAACAUCAUGUUCCGCUGCUCCGACGACAGUGUCCUGACAGGGAACGGCAUGAGCUGGGGCAGUUGGGGCGAAUGGAGUUCAUCUUUGGCUAGCUGA